AGUCAUACAUCUGAUUGGGCUACUAUUUUUCACAAAGGAACAGAAACUUUUGUUCGGACGCCUGGGUUCUGGCUAACAGCAAACAAAUCCGCAUUGCAUGCUCGCUUCACAGGAAAUUGGGAUAGUAGUGCAGGAAUAGAAGAGCUCGGUGACGGACUUUUGUUAGACAAAUGGUAUCAUCUAACUUAUACUCUUUCUGACCCUGAAAAACGGUUAGAUAUAUACAUAGAUAGUGAAUGGGUAGGAUUUUAUUGUAUGCAGAACGUUAAAACGCAAAAUGUUGUCUUCAAUGACGGACCACUGUAUAUCGGAUGUACUUUCGCCAAAGGGUUUAAUGGCGUAAUUAGUAAUGUUCGUUAUUACAACUGGCGUUUAUGUGCUCAAGAAGUGAAGGAAGAUUUCUUUAACAAACUAAUAGUAUAUGGCUCGAAGGUUGCCCUUGUUCAUGUUUCUACUAAUAAAUAUUUGUCUGCUAAUGGAAUCAAUUCAUUUACAAUACUUACAAAGGUUGUUGGUAAUGGUCGGAAAAUAGAUUUAAACAAUGAUGUUUGGAAU